GGAGGGGAGGAGUCCGAGCGGCAACAUGGCGGCGGCGGCGGCGGCGGCGAGAGCCGUGCGGUCCGUGUGGCGGCUGGCGGGGCUGGCGGGGUUGCCGGGGCGAGGCGCCUUUCUCGCUCCACAGCACCCGCAGCGGUAAGCCGGCAAAGGCGGCGGGACUUCGCCCUGGGGGAAGGGCCGGGAGGGCUCCGCGUGCCUGAGGCGGAGAGGCAGGAGGCGGGAAGCCGGGCCCACAGCCCCACGGUCCCCCCGUAUCCCCCACGCCCGUCCCGGAAUCUGAUUUUAUUUAUUUUACAUAUUUUCCGUUCGUCGCAUUUAAUCCCUCGUUUCCCUCCAAGCGACUUAAGGUAGUUCUCUCCCCGCCCCCCCGCCCCCCCCGCUCCACAACCGCCCUGUGAGGCGGGCUGGGCAGAGAGGAGGCAGCUCCUGGCCCCCAAGGUCACCCCCAGGGCGCGGAAUUCGAACCGUGGUCUCGCUCAGAUCCUACUCCAUUACGUCACGCAGCCUGUCUUACUCCGGGAGGAGGUCUCUUCCCCGGUUUAGUUUCUCUGCGUGGACGGGGCGAAUGGCUGCUAUUUACCGCCCCCCCAACCUUUUCUCUCUUUUUUUCUUUAGACAGUUGAAUACUUUCAGAUUCACCUUUGGCCGGUGCUUGGGGCAGUCUUAAAAGGCUUUUCAAUACCCGAUCCAUCUUAAUAGCAAAUGACUUAAUUCCUUUCGAGCAGGAAUUGUCUGCCUUGCACGUGCCAACGGGACGUUUUUGAAACCAACGUGGGCAAUAGAGGGUAUUGGUUCAUUUAAAUAUGCUGAUACAGUGGUACCUCGGGUUAAGUACUUAAUUCGUUCCGGAGGUCCGUACUUAACCUGAAACUGUUCUUAACCUGAAGCACUACUUUAGCUAAUGGGGCCUCCUGCUGCUGCCGCCCUGCCAGAGCACGAUUUCUGUUCUCAUCUUGAAGCAAAGUUCUUAACCUGAAGCACUAUUUCUGGGUUAGCGGAGUCUGUAACCUGAAGCGUAUGUAACCUGAAGCGUAUGUAACCCGAGGUACCACUAUACUUUAGAGCAGAGCUCACCAUCCCCAGGUGAAACAUAAAGGAGGGACAGUAUAAGUCUCUUUCAUCCUGUAUUUUAUCUUCUAUUUUUAUCUUGUGAACUGCCCUGAGAUCUUUGGAUGAAGGGUGGUAUAUAAAUGUAAUAAAUAAUAAAUAACAAUACUGUAUAGAUCUUUUAACUAAAUGUGAACUAGCCCUAACUUUCCUGGGAGAGUUAUGUACUUGGCUGUGUUUUGCAGCAAUACUGUUCAUUGUAGACAAGGAAUCUGUAGCCCUCCAGAUGUUGCUGGACUAGAACUCCCAGGAUCCCUGACUGUUGUCCUUACUAGCUGGAGCUGGUGGGAGUUGGAGGCUGACAGCAACUGGAGCACUACAGGGGAACCACACCUGCUGUACAUAUCUGGAAGUGAUUCCUGUUGGGAAGGUGGUGAAAUUUCUGAGAAGACACUUAAAAGGACUGUGCUGCACAUCUGUUCUUCAAAAAUUAGUCAAACUUUGAAAAAACUUUUAUAUGAUUGUACACUUUUUUCUAGGUAACUAAUUCUGUUCCUAAUGGAGAAGUAGUGGGGCCUGUUUAUGCAUGAUUAAAUAUUAAAAUGUCAAGUUGUUUGAAGGAAGGUUAUCCCUCUUUCUUAUGUGGUUUUAAAAAUAUUUAUGUUUUUAUUGAUAUCUGCAUACCAGUCUGUCACCACCACAAGGGAUAUGGACUGGAAGGAUGUACUGCAAAAACUGCAUUGUGGUUCUUGAAGAUUGAGAACCUGAGUAGACAUUCCUUUUCCAAGAAAAAAACACAAAUGGGUUAUUAGAUUGGCCUCCCAUUAUAUAUAAUCUUAGUAUAGAGUUUUGCUGCAUGGAAUUGUAUUCAGUGUGGUGCCAAAAAAAAUAAUUCUAGCAGUAUUCAUUUUUGCUUGUCUGAUGGAAUAACUACCCCUCCCCUCCCUAUACAGUGGUACCUCGGGUUACAUUCGCUUUAGGUUACAGACGCUUCAGGUUACAGACUCCGCUAACCCAGAAAUAGUGCUUCAGGUUAAGAACUUUGCUUCAGGAUGAGAACAGAAAUUGUGCUCCGGUGGCGCAGCGGCAGCAGGAGGCCCCAUUAGGUAAAGUGGUGCUUCAGGUUAAGAACGGACCUCCGUAACAUAUUAAGUACUUAACCCGAGGUACCACUGUAUACAGUGGUGCCUCGCAAGACGAAAUUAAUCCGUUCCACGAGUGUCUUCGUCUAGCGGUCUUUUCGUCUUGCGAAGCAACCCUAUUAGCGGAUUAGCGCUAUUAGCGGUUUAGCGGCUAUUAAAGGCUUAGCGGAUUAGCUGCUAAAAGGCUAUUAGCGGCUUAGAAAAAGGGGGGAAAGCGGAAAAAAAAUCUCAAGACUCGCAAGACGUUUUCGUCUUGCGAAGCAAGCCCAUAGGGAAAUUCGUCCUGCGAAGCAACUCAAAAACGGAAAACCCUUUCGUCUAGCGGGUUUUCCGUCUUGCGAGGCAUUCGUCUUGCGGGGCACCACUGUACUAUUCUCGGGAUUCUGAUGAGUCAUGACCCUCCAGAGAAGAUUUGGGGAUAAGAGGUGGCAAUGUGCUGGUGGCCUCUUGUACUCAGUCUUAAAAAGUUGCUUUGAGUUUUACUGAACCUGAUAUUGUUUCAGGACUUCUCAGCUGCUUUGCAUAGCGACACAGGAGAAAGGCACUGGACCAAACUUGGAAGAAGAGCCAAACCAGACUCAACAUGAACAAAAAUCUGAUACUGGCUCUGCUGAAAAGAUGUUAAUAGAGGAAAAGGCCAAACUAGAAGAACAAUUAAAAGAAAUUACUGUAAGACUCCUUUUGGUUUAUAUAUUUGUAUAGCCCUCAAACAGCAGAUAGAUAGGAUAUGCAUAUUACUUUUCAGUAGUUUCUUUUUGCAAUUGGGUCUUGAAAGUGCUAGCAUCAGAAAAGUGAGAAUGUAUAUAUAACUUAAAUGUCUUGAGACUACCUGAGCUCUGUACAUGCGGUCAUUAAUUUCCCCCCACUGGUGAACUAAAGUUGGAUUUCGUCUUUGUCUAAAAAGGGAAUGGUUAGGUUUUUACCAUGUAUCUAGUUUAUAAAAAAAGAGGAAAGGACUUUUAUCUUGUUUUCUUAAAUGGGCCCUGGGGCCACAAAAAUAGGAGUGUCUCAUGGUUUGCUGAUGUUGCUCUUAAUAUUGCCAGAUAAUUGUAGGAUUUAACAGCAUAGCAAAUGGCUGAAGUAAUAUCUCUCCCUUUAUAUUUCUGUCCUGCUUUUAACCCUUAUCCCCUCACUUGUGGGUCACAACAUUUAUAAAGUUCUAUUAAAAACCUGACACAUCACAAAUUCAGUGUAUCACUUGGAGGAAAAGACAGCGCUUUUGAUCCAGGAGCGCAGUUAGGAUGGGGUGUUUGGUGGACUCAUUCAUUCUGUGUCUCCAUUUCCUGGGAGUUUUUUACAUAGGCAAUUGGUUUUACAUUUCCACUGUUUAUUUUCCCCCUUGUCCAGGACAAGUAUAAACGUGCCCUGGCAGAUGCAGAAAAUCUGCGACAAAGAACUCAGAAAUUGGUAGAAGAAGCAAAGUUAUAUGGUAGGUAUAGGCUGUAUUUGUUGUUACUAGCACUAGAACACCACAUUAAACAUAAAUGAAAACUUAAGCUUGGAAAUUCCAAAAUGGUACUGCCACUCAGCUUAUAUAUGCUGUGCUGCUUCAAGAGUCAUACUUCACAGCACACAGGUAAACUGCAGUUUCACUUCUCCCACACUACUCCAAAGUCAUAUAUGUCAGGUGUGUGUGACUUGGGAAGUUGGCCUCAGAUGCAAAUUUAGGACCUCCGCUAAGCUUUAAUAGGGAUGACAGGCUGGAAAUUCACCACUGAUCUUAACUAUACAAAAAAGAAUUUCAAAGGUGGAGAUAUUUGCAGCUUGAAUUGCUUACUGCUUUGCCAAAUACCCCUUUCAAUUACAUUUUCAAGAGACGACAUUGGGUCAUUGUACAGAGCAGAAAAAAUGCACGUUUAUCAUAUACACUGGUACCUUAUUAAAACUUAGGCUUGAGGGUGGUUGUGAAAAGAAUUAAGUUACUUAUAAUUUUCUAGCUAUAAGUUUUAUGUCCCCGAUUCUACACAUGUGAAUUUAAUGGAGAUUCAGUCGCACAUCAUUUUUGGUAUUGGUAAUACUUGAUAAUGUAUCUUUAACCAUAUACAUGCCUGAGCUUUGAAUCCUGGAAGAAAAUAUAUAAAUUAAUGGUUCCUUUCAUUGUCUGAUGAGAUGUUGAUGCAUCUUUAAGGAUUAUCUGAAAUUUUAUUUGCUUUUCCUGUUUUAGGAAUUCAGAGUUUCUGCAAAGAUUUGCUGGAAGUUGCUGAUGUUCUGGAAAAAGCAACUGAGAGUGUUCCCAGAGAAGAACUCAAGGAUGAAAAUCCACAUCUCAAAAACCUUUACGAAGGUCUUGUCAUGACUGAGGUUCAAAUACAGAAAGUGUUCACCAAACAUGGCUUGAUGAAACUGAAUCCUCUUGGAGCCAAGUUUGAUCCCUAUGAGCACGAAGCAUUAUUCCACGUUCCCAUGGAAGGGAAAGAACCUGGCACUGUGGCUUUAGUAUCCAAGGUGGGCUAUAAGUUGCAUGGCCGUACUUUGAGGCCUGCUUUAGUAGGUGUUGUAAAGGAACCUUAGCAGUCUAAUCUUAGAGUGCCACAGAACUAAUAGAUGCCCAGAUAAAGACUCAUAAACAGUGUGGGAGGCUAAACUAAAUGGUGGAAGAAGCUUUAAUACCAAUGAAGCAAUGUUGAAAUGUGUUUUUAAAAUGAAUACCAAUAAUGUGGUGGGGAAUGCAAAGUGAGUGGUAUGAAUUGCAAGCAUGAGUCAUCUGUGUCCCGUGAAUAAUAUGGUGAUUAAUGAAAGGUAUUCUGCAUUGUAAUUAGGUAAUUUAGUAACAAUAAUGCAAUGUAGAUUGUUCAGAAUGAAAAUCUGAUCUUUUCAGUGUCUUCUUCUGUGCACAAAUUAGCAUUUUUGCUUAUUCUUUUAUGAAUACAGAGUUGGACACCAGCCUAGUACUAACUUAAAUAGCUUCUGUUCCCAUGGAAAGCAUCAAAUUGUAUGUUACAUAACAAGUAUUUGGUAUAAGUGCUGUUAGUCUUUCCUAUAUUUAGUUUAGUAUUGAAUCACAUUGCACGGCCUUGAAAUGACAAUUGAUCUAGAGAUGUAUUGAGACCAUUACAAAGAAAAGAAUAGCAAAUUCAUUUAGUAACUGCUUGCAGACACACAACCAAAUUAAGUGUUUUAAGAGUUCACAGACAUCAGCUAGUUUUCACUGAAACCAGAAUUUAUUAAUACCUGCCAUUCCCUGCCUGCUUCAUCAAAGUCCUCCGGCACAUAGAAGAGUGCAUGGGAGGUCUGAGGCAGUUGACCAACAUAAAAUAUGAGCACUUCAUCUUCUGAAUUAUCUAUGAUACAUUGGGAACAGCUUGUUAGGGAUUUUUGUUUUUUGAAUUCUGCCAGUUAAUCUUACGAAUGCCAAAUGAUCCCUACUGGAUCGAACCCAAGGCCUAUAGUUCAGCAUCCUGUUUCCCAAAGUUGCAUACCAGAUGCUUAUAGGAGGCUUACAAGUGGGAUGUGAGGACAGUCUCCCACUCCAGUUGUUCCCCAAUGGCUGGUAUUUGGAGACCUGGUGCUUCUGAGCCUUGAGGUGGAGAACUGGAUCCAGCUGGUGGGCCGAGUUUGACAGGUGGGGCUGCCCACUUGUCAGUUACCUGACAUCAAAUGUCCAGUUUCUGCCCACAUGAUUUUAAAUAACGCUGCAGACAAAACAUUCUGCAAAGUGCUUCUGACCAGCUGAUCAUCAGCACUUGUUCUGUACCUGACAUCAGGCAUGUCUGGUGUAGAGCAGGUGGGCAUAUUGUGGCCAAAGUGACCUCAUGGGCAAAAUGAGGAAAACUGGUGGCCUUAAUUAGGUCUGUGGUCUGUGGCUUCCCUACCCCUGCAUACCGCUAUUGUGACUGGUAUAAGUACAUGAAUAAGUACAUGUGCAUGAAUUGGUCUAACCAUUUCCACUUUCUUCAUGCUUAAUUUCUUACAAUCUUUUCUUUUCUGUAUUUGCAUUGAUUUCCACCAGAUGAAAAGUCAUCAGUCUUGCAAUAUUUGAUCCCAAUAUUUGGGAUGAUGAUUGAUCCCAACAAGGAUUAAUGUACAAAUAUUUUUACAUUGAUCAACAGAUAAUUAGGAAGGUGCAUGCUUUGUCGCUUUGCAAACAAAAUGGCAAACUUAUUUUAAAAAAUGUUUAAAUAAUCUGACGUAGGCAGAUUACAUCCAGGCUUACUUGUCUUCAGGCCUGAGCCUUGUAGCACCACCUGCUCCUAGACUAGGGAUAGGGAACAUUUGCCCCAACAGGCUGUCUCUCCCCAUCCCUGCAGGCCAAGUUCAACAAGCAGAUGAAAAGAAGCUUUCUAAAAGUUUUACUCCUGCAUUUUUGGGGUCUUGCCUAUAAACAAACUGUCCAGAACAACCAUUGCUUUUUUUCUGGUGGUACUCAAGUGUAUGCAGCACUGGAACUCCCCCCCCUUAAAAGAAAGCACUGAGAACAACACGCUCAACUUUUUAUUCCUGUUUUGGUUUUACUUUUUUAAGCUGCAGAUUUGGUAAAUGGGUAAAACCCAUUAUCUAUUUUUAGUGACAAAACUUUUUUAUUAACUUAGGUUGAUGACUUGUACCAGUCUCCUGAACUAUACAGCAUAAAGUUAAAGUUGUUUUGUUAAGGGGGAGGGGAGUAGUUUUCCAGUUAAUGAGUUUGAUUUGGAUAGUGGAUAAACUUGCAAAGGAAAAAUGUCACUAGUAAGUACUGGAUGGUGAUUUACGGUGACAGGCCCCCAGUGCUGAAGUAUCAAACCAAGGAAACAAGUGAGUUAAGCAAUGAAGCAACUAGGGGGUAAGUACCACCACAUACUUGUUUAAUUCACGUACCUUAAACUAAUAGGAGCUAAAUCCUAGGGAUGGAAAGUCUGUAGAUAAUCUAGUUUCAUCUCUUCCUGUUAACCGGAAUUCAUUAAGCCCAUGAGUUGAGCUACAUUUCUUUCUGUGUUGUGCUUUUUUCCAAAUAAGGUCUACUUUACCUAAUUGGCUGCAUCAACAGCUGAGGAAGCUUAGCCAGGGCAAUAAAUUUGGAGCAAUCUAACGAGGGAGCAUGCUCCAAAAGUGAGAGGGAGCUCUAGUGAUGAAACAUCAAGCUACAGUAACAAAGCAAGUUAAGCAGUAGGGUGAGGUUGACACAGUGAAGAGGUCAUGGCAGAUUGCUCUGUCACUCUCCUUAGUGACCUAACAAAACCCAAGCUCCCAAGUAAACUACCUCAGUAAACAACAGCAAUGGAUAUUCAGGUGGAGAGCCAGCAGGGUUGUGGGGGAUAUCCAGUGUGUCACAAGUGUGACAAUGCAUACUGCUUAUCAGGAAAGGUACCAUCCAGGCUAAGAGAAAUGUAGUAGAAUAAAUGAGCGAUGUCAAGGAAACUGUUAGAAGCAAGGCAGCUUCCUUCAGAAAGUGGACGUCUAGUCCAAAAAGGAACACAAACUUUGGCCCCAAAAAUGCAUGCAGAUAAGGGAUGCAAAAAAGAAUUCAAUACAGUGGUGCCUCGGGUUAAGUACUUAAUUUGUUCUGGAGGUCUGUUCUUAACCUGAAACUGUUCUUAACCUGAAGCACCACUUUAGCUAAUAGGGCCUCCUGCUGCUGCUGCGCCGCUGGACCAUGAUUUCUGUUCUCAUCCUGAAGCUAAAUUCUUAACCCGAGGUACUAUUUCUGGCUUAGCAGAGUCUGCAACCUGAAGCGUAUGUAACCUGAAGCAUAUGUAACCUGAGGUACCACUGUAAUCCUAUUGCUAAAAACUUGCAAAACUAACCACAGUUUUUAAAAAAUGCAUUAGAAGCAAGAAACCAGCUAGGGAGGUGUUUAGACCUUUGGAUAACAAGAGAGUAAAAAGUGCUGAAGGAGAAAAAGACUACAGAGAAGCUGAAUGAAAUAUUUGCAUCGGAUUUCAGAGAGCUGUAGGGCAGACAAACCAAGGAAAACAAUGAUUACAAGAUGCUUACGUUUUAAGCCUUAUUAACAAAUGAAAAAUAAAUCACCAGGUGAUCUAGUUCACAUUGUGUACUUCGGACUUUUAAAAGCUUUUGUGAAAGUACCUCACCAAGGAUUCCUGAGUAAGUUUAGCAGUCAUGGAAUAGGAAAGGUUAUCUUAUGGAUCAGUAACUAGUUAAGAAACAGGAAGCAUGCUAGGAAUCAAUGGGUAGUUCUUCCAGUGGAGGAAUGUAGAAAGUGGAGUCUCCCCGCCCCCAAAGAUCAGUGUUGAGACAUUUGCUUUUUAACUUGUUCAUAUGUGAUCUGGAGGUUGGGAUGAGCAGUGGGGGAGCCAAAUUUACUAAUGAUACUGAAUUGUUCAAGAGGGCUAAAACAACAAGAGAUUGUGAGGAGCUCUGAAACCAGGUGAAAGACAGUUACGGUAUAUGGCAAAUCCAGUUAAAUGUAAGCAAGUUUAAAGUGAUGCACAAUGGGGCAAAAAUAAAAUCCUAAUUUUGCAUAUAUGAGGUUGAGGUCUGAACUGGCAGCGACUAACUAGGAAAGAGAUCUUGGGGUUGCAAUAGGUAGCUCAUUGAAAACUCAUUUGGUGGCAGCUGUGAAAUGAAUUCAGUCUUGGGCAUCUUUAGGAAAGGGACUGCCAAUAUAAUAAUUCAUGAGGUGACCACAUUUAGAGUACUGUGUGCAAUUCUUACUGCCUCACCUAAAAAAGGACAGUGCAGAGCUAGAAAAGGGCAACCAAAAUGAUCAACUGCCCAUCCUUUGAGGAAAUGUUAUGACAUCUGAGGCUUUUUAGUAAGAAAAGGCAAGUAAGGGUGAGGGCAUGAGAGAGGUGUGUGAGAUUGUGCAUCACCCAGAGAAAGUGGAUCAGGAGAGGAUUUUCUUCCUCUUUCUAGAUCCAGGGUCAUCUAAUGAAGCUGAAUCAGUUUGCUGCCACAAGAUAUAGUGAUGGUCACCAACUUGGAUGGCUUUAAAACAGGACUAGACAAAUCCAUGGAGGAUGGAGUUAUCAAUUGUUACUAGCCUUGAUGGCUGUGUAUGAUCAUCGUUGGAUGCGGUAUGCUUCUAUACCGGUUGCUGGGAACCACAAAGUCAGGAAAGUGCAUGACCUGCUUGGUCACUCUGAAAACAGCGUGCUGAACUAGAUGGGCCUUUGGUCUGACUCAGCAGGGCUCUUGUCUUAAUUAGCUGUUGUUUUUUAAAAAAACAGAACUCAGAUUUGUGCAUUGACUGGCCUUUUAAAUGUCAGCUUAGAUAUUGCCAUGCUUUUAAUUUGUCCUUACUUGACACUCGUGUCUUACUCUACUCCCAGAUGCACCUGCAAAAAAUCCUCCUCAUACAGCCAACUGUGGUUUCCAAAGUUCUUCUGAACUCCAGACAUACAAAUGCAUGCUUGAAACUUGUGAAACCCUCUUGAAGCUGCUCACUAUUGUUAUAUGCUACUUGUUCUUUAUGAUAACUUUUGCACAUUAUGAUGAUCACAAAGACUGAAUGUGUCUUUGUAUAUGAAUGGGAAUGCCCAUCUAGGGCUAGCUGUAGUAUGUGAUAGAUCACCCUCAACUAUAAUGGAGCAUAGCUUCUACUUUUAAACAUGAAAACAUACAGCCCCAAAUGAUGAUACAGGAAGGGAGAUGUGUAUGGACUUCUAGCUUUUCCAGCUGCUUGGAGUUCCUAGCAAGUGCAAAAACAAGUAGACAUACCUCCCUCCUCCCCACAAGUCACAACUGCACAGCCAGAAUAUAGGCUUCUUCUCAACUAUGUGGAGCAUGAAGAUUACCAUUUCUCCUGCGUUGGUCAGAAGCCUGGGAAUUGUGCUCUCUAGAAACUGGCUCAGCACUUCCCAUGGUGAAUGAAAUUAUGGAGUCCUGCCAACAUCAUGUAUGGAAAAGGAAAUAUAUAGUAUAGAGUAAUAGUACCUGUGUAGUAGGAGGCAGUGGAAGACAGAAGUGCCUGGCAUGCUCUGGUCCAUGGGGUCACGAAGAGUCAGACACGACAAAACGACUAAACAACAACAAAGUAGUAUAUAUUGCUUAAAAAUGAUUUGCCUCUCAUGUGCACGGAUACUUUAUGCUACAUCCAAUUAGAAAAGAGAGUGGCAAGAAAUGAAUUGAUAAUUUUAACAUCCUUCCCCUUCAAAUUGUGAACUGGGCUAAGAGUGUUAACUUGACACAUGCCUGUGAAAAGUAUGUCUGAUGUCUUUCCUGAACUAUUUCUGUCAGAGCACUUUUUCCAUGGGUUACAUUCCCUUGUGGGUGAUAUUCAGGGAAGCACAUGCUAAUAGUAGGUACAUCCAGAGCCAAAAUGUAGGUAUAGUCCAAGGUAGAAAUGGUUAGAACAGCCUUUGUAUUAUAGGCUGCAUUCUAAGCCAUGAAAAGGUCAGGGAUUUUAUCCUGCAAAGUUGUACCAUUAGUUAAAGGCUUGUGUCUGCACAAUAGGACUCCUUCCUCUCCUCAGCAGAUUCGGAAGCCCAUGGGGAAAGGAAAUCUCAUUAGAUAGGUGGAAGUCCUUGUGCUAAUGGGAUACGUUCGCUGGAUAUAGCAUCCACCUCUUCUGGCUUGCAAGAGGCACCCUCCAAGUUCAAAAACAUUCCAUCUAGAUAAAAGCACAAGGGGGUGUAGUAUAAUUUUGCUGAGGUGUAGCCUGGGCAGUCUUGAGACCUGAAUGUGAAGGCCUGGAGUUGCAUUUGGCCCCUGCAGCUGAGGUUUCCACCCACAAUAAGCAUUAAAAACUCAAUGUUUCUUUUAACUGUUAAAAGCUAAUAAAUAAUUAUGUGUUCCUUAAAGGUACUCUGACUGGGGUUGCGCGCUCAUCUUGUUCUAUAGGCCGAGGGAGCCGGCGUUUGUUCGCAGACAUGUGGCCAGCAUGACAAAGCCGCUUCUGGCAAACCAGAGCAGCGCACGGAAACGCCGUUUACCUUCCCGCCAGAGUGGUACCUAUUUAUCUACUUGCACUUCGACGUGCUUUCAAACUGCUAGGUGGGCAGGAGCUGGGACCGAACAACGGGAGCUCACCCUGUUGCGGGGAUUCGAACCACCAACAUUCUGAUUGGCAAGCCCUAGGUUCUGUGGUUUAGACCACAGCGCCACUGUGGUUCCUUACAUGCCCAUAUUUCUCUAUUAGAUGUCAGUCACCCUUAAAUAAUUUUAAUGAAACAUUAGUUAUAUUAAAGUAUUUAUUCACUAUAGUUUCGCUAAGAGGCUUUGCAUGAAUGUUUCCUUUCAUGUGAAAAUGCCACACUGUAAAGACCUUUGCAGAAGUGUAAUAAAUAUUAACACAUUUAAAAAUUGUUCAGAUUAUCAAAUAAGUUAUAUUUAGCACCAGUUGCUCCUCUUAAGCAACAUUAAAAGGGCUGCCAAUGAAAUAUAAGGCUUACAUCAACCUUGUCUAGCAGAUGUAUUAACAUUCAGGAAACUACAGUUAUGGCGCUAGAGCUAAAUGAAUACAUUUAGAUAGUGGCACUCAUGUUAACAAAGUUUACCAGUUUUUUGAAGGGCAGGAUUAACAAAACAUGUCUGUCAUCACUUAGGGUUAGUUGUGCUUCAGUCCUAUUGGACUGACCUGGAUGGAACAGUGCAUUGACCAUAAAACACUGCAUAGUUUCUGACCAGAGUAGACUUAUUGUCAAUAACAAAGUAUCAUAAUUAAAGUCACAUAU